AUGCUCUUAAUUCGCAAUGCUUUGAGAUGUUUGGCAAAUCGAGGAUCGAUAAGUGCGGGAUCGACGAGCGCAGGAUCGACGCCGAUCAUUCAUGUGGGCACCGAUGUCAUACGCGUUUCCACCAGUAAAAUAGCUCCAAGAACGGAUAUUGAUGAUGAACUUGGUAAUCGUCCACGACCGCCGGUUGAUGGAGAAUGUUGCGGUCAGGGAUGCCAAAAAUGCGUCUGGAUAGAAUACGGCAACGAUUUGAUUGACUACUACCAGAGUCACCCGGACAAAGAUGCAAUCUCUCGAAUAGAAAGUGAAAUCAAGGAUCCGGUUGUUCGAGCGUUCGUGAUGGCAGAACUAAAGCCGAGGGUUUCU